AGUUCCUGUCAAAAUGGACUUGACGUUCAAAAACCGCACGAUCGCCUGGUUCGUUUCACAUUGCAACUCGCACAGUCGGCGUGAAGCGCUGGCCCGCAAUCUAUCGCAAUUCAUUCCGGUGGAUAUGUACGGCGCUUGCGCCAACGGCCAGCAUCGAUGCGCGAGAAUCAGUCGUCACUAUCGUUUUUAUCUGAGUUUUGAAAAUUCUUUAUGUUUAGAUUACGUCACUGAGAAACUGUACCGACCUCUGCAAUACGAUGCAGUUCCCGUGGUGUAUGGGGGAGCUGAUUAUUCCAUGUUCCUUCUGGCUGGAUCGUACGUCAACGCCAUGGAUUUCGACAGUCCCGAGCAGCUGGCCGAUCAUUUGAAGAAACUGAUGGUAGACGACGAGCUGUACCUGACUUACUUUCGCUGGAAGGGGCAAUACGUCGUCAAAAACAAACCCAAAGAUGGAAUGUGUCAGUUAUGUCAUUUGCUUGGCCAUCCUGAAGGCAAGAGUUAUGCCGAUAUGGCCGAAUGGUGGGCAGGUAAUGUCACGAAUCAAAUAUGCCAACCCCCACCAACGAACCUCGUUCGAUAA